AUGCUGCUCUCGACUUUGCCUUUGCAUCUCUCCCAGACAACAACUUAUCUCAGCCACAGCGCGUCCCUUGCUCGCGCUUCAUCGUCAGCAGCCGCAGUCGAGCGCGCCCUGUCUUCGACUGGCGAGCCGAGGACCCUGUCGACGGUGCUGGAAGCGCCCACGCCCUCGCCCACGCCCACGCCCGCGCCCGUGGUCGACUCGCCUGCGCCUGGCCACCCACCACCCGUCGGAGCCCCCGUUCCUGUGCCUGCGCCUGCGCCUGCGCCUAUGCCGGUGCCGGUGCCACCCCGAGCGUCCAGUCUCGGUGCCGCUGCUCCUGAGCUCGGGCGGCAGACUCGAGCUGCUCCAGCGCCAGGGGCCACCAAGGACCACUCCAACUCCCGUCACGGCCGGCACCCAGCACCGCACGCAAAGGGAGCUCUCGCGUCUCCGUCGUCGACUCCCUCUCGCAUCGUCUCCAGCGACAGCCAGCCUGCUGUGGCUGCAUCCGCUCCUACGUCGGCUUCUCUGUCGGCGCCUGCUCCCGCGGCUCCCUCCGCAUCUACGCCUACGCCUACGCCUACGCCUGCGUCUGCAUUGCUGCUGGCCUUGGCGUCUGCAUCGUCCCGGAGCCAUUGUCUCGCUAAUCAUUCCCCUUUAGACAAACCCACCGCCACCGUCGACGCCAGUAUGACUGAUAAUGCCACGGCUCGCACCCCCCCACGGGACUCCCACGAUCUCUCCCUGUCGUCGCGAGACAUCACUCGCGAUUCUCUCGUCGUGAACAUGCUCCUGUCCCUGGACCAGAUGUCCUUUGGCCCGUCCGCCGCAGACAAGCCCUUUGGGGGCAGCAGAGCAGUCAACACCGCCACCGGCGCCUAUGACGACGAAUACUCUCCGAGACCCUGGUCUGACGAUUCGAACACCAGCUCACAGGGACGACGACACGAUACCCUUUAUAAUCGUCAUUGGCGCCGCUCGUCCUUGAGCUCUGACGUCGACAGCGCUGUCGUUGACGACUCGGCAAAACAUCCCGCCAACGAUCCUCCCUCGAGACGACGACGCAGCAACAGCAGCUCCAAUAACUUCCUGGGUCAAGUCCCCCGCCUAAACAGCAUGAGAGAGGCUGCCUACAAACCACAGCCUGGCACGCCCCCUCGGAGCAGCCAUACCCGCGGCCGUAGACAAAGCAGCAAGAGCAGCAGUAGUGCGAGCCUGGAUAUGGGAUAUCCCCAUGCCACGGUAAACCAGCGAUUAGCACAGAGAACCGGGCGGUCUGCUAGUUUCGACUACGGACCUCAGUCGCCAUCGCACAUCCGACAGCCCUCGUCGUCGUCUCCUUUCCUCGUUGACUUCUCCGGCACCUUCGCCUACGACGAAUACCGUGCCGCCCCGAACCCAACGGUCCCCAGCGGCCCUCGUCGUCCGAUGCCUACCCGUCAUAUUCCACCGCCGCCACCGGAGCCGGUCGAACCUCACACACUGGAACGCAAGCGUAGCACGAGUCGGUCCCUGAAAAGCUCAUCUGGCAAAAGUAGGCGAGGGGCUGGGCACCGAGGUGCUGCACAGGCACUGUCGUCGAUGCCUGCCGAAGAGUUGAGAUCUGCGCCUGCUCCAAGCGUGGGCUAUGGCAAAUCCGAGGACACUGAUGCGGUGGCCAACGUGACCUCUCUACCGAAAGAGCGACCUGGAUUUUUUCGACGUGUGUUCGGCUCAUCAAGGUCGACUGCCCCGUCGAACAGUAACAUCUCCGGACCUCAAACAAGCUCCUCUCGCUUGCCGGCUUCCCCUGACCGCGCGCCGCACCAGCAACAACACCAACAACCCGCAGCCCCUACCGCCUCAACCUCCGCCCCCCCUUCUAGAGAUGCAACAUCGUCGCAUCCACAUCACCACCCCACGUUGCACAAGAAAUCUUCCUUCUUUCGCCGCCGCAAGAAGUCGGUAGCCGACGCCGCCCCGCCUUUGCCUAGCGUCGGGCGUAUACCGCCCGUGCCAGUUUUGGAAACAUCGACUUUGCGAGCAGCCAAAGAUGAGCCAUCUGGACAGAGUAUGUGCAGCCCAACAAGUAGCUUACGCCAAGUCAUGAAUCCAUAUCUCCUGGAAGGUUUCACUGGACUUGGCCUGACGGGAGUGGCGGUUUCAGAUCCAUUGUCUGAUAUUACCAAUACACGUAGCUCCAAGUCCGACGACAUCGCCGAGACAAGAGACGAGGAUUACAAGAGAGAUUUCUCUCCAGGUUAUGAGCCGAGUCCGAAUGCCCGCAUACGGAAAGUCAAACCCGACCCCGACAGCGAACAAGUUGACAGCACACCCUCUCGGUCCACAUCGAAACAACCUUUCAAGCCUCUCCAGACAAGCAAUUCUUUCCUGGAUCUUGAGGCGGGCAGCGACAAUGAGAACGACCGUCGCCAGCAUCAGAAAAGGAGCGACAAGUCACCUCCAACAGCAACAAGACCGAGGGACAACGAAGAUGGAGACGCCACGGUUCGCGCCAGGAAGAAGAAGCCUAUACUGGACACUGAUAAUGGAAGCAAGCUUCCAACGCAGACUAGCCUCAACCUGCCAGCGGAUUGUGUCAGAUCUAUCAGCGUUGCGUCAGGGUCCACCGAAGCUGGUUACAGGACUGCUCCCAGCGCGCCGCCAAGUGUCCUUGUCGAAGAGGCGGACGAAUCCGAGCCCACGCUGUUGGCCACCCUGGAAUCCAUGAAGUCCUGCAAGCCUUUUGACGAACCUGAGUUCGUCACUGGUGAGCCGACUGAAGAUGACCGCCAAAAGGCGCAAAGAAUAUUUGACGGAGGCGAAGACUUUAUUCAAAAGGAUAAGGCUGCUGCAUGGAUGGGCGAACAAGGACCUGUUCGGCAGCGCACUCUCCGGGCAUAUUUGGAGUUGUACGACUUUUGUGGUCUGAGCAUCCUUGCCUCCUUGCGCCAAAUAUGUGGACGAUUGGUCCUGCGCGCUGAGACGCAGCAGGUAGACCGCAUCUUGGUUGCAUUUUCGAAGCGCUGGUGUAGUUGCAACCCCAAGCACGGCUUCAAAGCGACAGAUGUUAUUCACACGAUUUGCUACUCAAUCAUGUUACUGAACACUGAUCUCCACCUUGCAGACAUUGAAUCGAAAAUGACUCGCAGCCAAUUUAUCAAGAACACCAUGACUACAAUUACACAAGCUGUCGCUGAGUCGGCUCCCGAGGCUUUUGUUCGGCCGACAAUUCUCCCCGAAAAGAACCCAAUGUUGUCCCCAGAACCGGCACGACCAACAGCGGACUCGUGUCGAACGAGUAGGCACUCAUUUCGUCCGCCACCCCGUACUGAGACCAACUGCAACGACGUUGAUGACUGUGGCCCGCUGGUCAAAUCCCCUUACACCGGACCAAGGAGAGGCUGGGAGGAGCAAGUUGAGAUUGUUCUGAAGUCGAUUUAUGCUUCUAUACGUGACCACCGGCUGCCUCUAUUCGGCGCGGAACAGGAAAAACAUCUUCAUGCUGCACCGCCCCAGAACAACCUAUCGGUCAUUGGAAUGUUGAAGAGGAGCCCAAGCGUUCUGAGCAAGGCGCCUUCGGAAACGUUGUCCACUCGUGGACGAGUCGUUGAUGGCAGCCGGAGCAACACAGCCUCCCGCUGGACAUCAAAGAGCCGAUCACGGCCAGGUCUGGGCCGUAACGGGUUUUCCUCAAGCCGCACCAGCUUUGACGAUGGCAAUUCCAUGUGGAGCCCGGCAAUGUCUUCUGCAACAUGGAGCAAGCACUCUCUGGGACGGACACAGGGAUCCGUGUCGCAAGACUCCUUUGCCUCGUCCAUGCCACGAGGGGACUAUCAGAAAUCAAUAGGCUUCGCCAACGCUCUCAGCCAGGCCAUCAUUCGUGACGUAGAUGCCAACGGCCAAGAAACAGUCCCUUCCAUAGUGAGCGCUGACAUAUCUGCCGCCCAGUUUCUAGAAGACGAAUCGCUAGAGCUUGCCGGUCCGCCAUGGGUGAAGGAAGGGAGGGUGAUGCACAAGCACCACUUGGAUGGCUAUGGGAAACGAGCCAAGGAUCGUAAUUGGACCGAGGUCUUUGCUGUGGUGCAGAAGGGACAGAUCAGCCUGUUCUCGUUCCUUGCGAGCAAAUCCACGCGCCAAAAGACUCGGUCUCGGCAUGGGGGAAAGCUCAACGGGCCCGUUGGAGGGGGCAAUUGGCAAGACAAUGCCGUGAACCUUGGCACAUUCAACCUGCGCUUGACGCUGGCUUCGGCUCUGCCACCACCCGGCUACUCUCGAUCACGGCCGCACGUCUGGGCCCUGAGUCUACCGACGGGGGCCGUCCAUCUGUUCCACGUUGGCACGCCGGAAAUCAUCAGAGAGUUUGUCACCACGGUGAACUACUGGAGCGCACGUCUCAGCACCCAUCCCCUGGUCGGUGGAAUAAGCAAUGUCGAGUAUGGAUGGAGCGGCGCCAUCGUCAAUAAUUCUCUGGUGAAGGCGAUCAACGAGUCUGCGACAGCGGGCGACAGCGGAGGGCGAAGUUCCCGUCCCGGCAGCAGCGCUACGCAUGGUCGCAAGUCGAGUGCUGCCAGCGGCAGUCUCCGUUCACCGAGUUUUGACCAGGCAGCUGGGCCUGCUACCAACAGCGGACGCGGCAAACUCCCUGGGGAUCGCAUUCACAUCGCCGAGUGGACUCCUCCAACGCAGAGCAUGCGUCCCAGCAAUGCUACCGAGACGGACCAGCUCGAAACGCUCACGGCUUAUGUCAAGAGCAUCGAACAGGAACUGCAGUCUCACAACCAGCUUCGAAGCCCCAUGUUAUUGGCCUUUACACCGAGAGGGCACAACGCAGGCAAGGCCAUGGCCAAUUGGGAGCGCAAGAGUGCUUACUUGCUGCGAGAAAUCGUCAAGUUCAGAACGUACGUGGACUGCCUACAACAAGCGGAGGCGAGGAAACAGGAAAUCCAGGCCGAACGAGACUUGGCUCACAAGGCUGCUCGGGUCGACCCGAGUCAUGGCGAUGUGGACGUGAGCGGGGAUGAAGAAGGGGACGAGACCUUGCGGCCCUGA